GCACCUUUCCACCACUUGCUCUCCUCUAUUUUCCUGCCUUUGCACUUCCUGUUGGAGCAGUUGCUUCAUCCUGUUCUUCCUCUUGCCGAGCACAGCAUUUGGGAGUGGGCUGGGAGAGGACUGGCUGUGGGAUCAGACCUUGGAUGUGUCAGCCUGUGAUUUCCCAGAGUAGGAGGAGGAAAGGAAUCAGCGUGCGCCCCUAGACAACAUGGAAUGAGAGAGAGGCUCAGGCAGCUCCUCCAGCCAGUUCUGUACUUUCUAUAGAGCUUCUCUACUUUCAUAAGGACACAAAAGGGAAAGUCUGUGCUGCUGGCUCCUUCUCGUUCAUCUCAGGAAGUUACAUGAGUCUCCAGGAGGAUAGAGAUAAAUAGGCAGGCCGAGAGAAGUGGAUCCACUUCAGCUACAUGGACCUAAAAUUGAGAGAGCAUGCAUUUUUGGGCCAAUCUUCACACUGCGUAGAAGCACUAAGGCCGACGCUGAUAUCAUGGGCUGUAUAAAAAGUAAGGAAGACAAAGGACCAUCUAUAAAGUACAGAACAGAGCCCAAGCCUGAUUCAGGAAGUCCGUAUGGAGGUGAUCCAACACAAGCAACACAAUCUCCUGGAAUUAAAGGACAAGCACCCAAUUUUAAUAGUCAUUCCAUGACACCAUUUGGAGGUUCUUCAGGAAUAACACCCUUUGGAGGAGCAUCGUCCAUAUUUGCACCAACUCCAGUUCCUUACCCUGGGGGAUUAACAGGUGGCGUUACAGUUUUUGUGGCCUUAUAUGAUUAUGAAGCUAGAACAACAGAAGAUCUUUCUUUUAGAAAAGGUGAAAGGUUCCAGAUUAUAAACAACACGGAGGGUGACUGGUGGGAAGCAAGAUCAAUAGCCACUGGAAAAACAGGUUACAUACCCAGUAACUAUGUAGCUCCUGCUGACUCAAUACAAGCUGAAGAAUGGUAUUUUGGCAAAAUGGGAAGAAAAGAUGCAGAAAGAUUACUCUUAAACCCAGGGAACCAAAGGGGAACAUUUUUAGUGCGAGAAAGUGAAACCACUAAAGGAGCCUACUCUCUUUCUAUCCGGGACUGGGAUGAAGUGAAGGGCGAUAAUGUGAAACACUAUAAAAUCAGGAAACUUGAUAAUGGAGGAUAUUAUAUCACAACAAGAGCACAGUUUGAAUCUCUCCAGAAACUGGUUAAACACUACUCUGAGCAUGCAGAUGGAUUGUGCUAUAGAUUAACCACAGUAUGUCCAACUGUAAAACCACAAACCCAAGGAUUAGCUAAGGAUGCUUGGGAAAUACCUCGAGAAUCUUUACGGCUUGAUCUUAAAUUGGGCCAAGGAUGCUUCGGUGAAGUCUGGAUUGGAACUUGGAAUGGAACAACAAAAGUAGCAAUCAAAACACUUAAACCAGGAACAAUGAUGCCUGAAGCUUUCUUACAAGAAGCACAAAUCAUGAAAAAACUCAGGCACGACAAAUUAGUUCCCCUUUAUGCUGUCGUGUCAGAGGAGCCAAUCUACAUUGUUACUGAAUACAUGACAAAGGGUAGUCUACUGGACUUUCUUAAAGAAGGUGAUGGAAAGUAUUUAAAACUGCCACAACUUGUUGACAUGGCUGCACAGAUUGCAGAUGGCAUGGCUUAUAUUGAAAGGAUGAAUUAUAUUCACAGAGACCUCAGAGCUGCUAAUAUACUUGUUGGAGACAAUCUUGUAUGUAAAAUUGCUGACUUUGGUUUGGCAAGAUUAAUAGAAGACAAUGAAUACACAGCAAGGCAAGGAGCAAAAUUUCCAAUCAAAUGGACUGCACCUGAGGCUGCAUUAUAUGGUCGAUUUACCAUUAAAUCUGAUGUGUGGUCAUUCGGAAUACUCCUAACCGAGCUGGUCACCAAAGGGAGAGUUCCUUAUCCAGGCAUGGUAAACAGAGAAGUUCUGGAGCAGGUAGAGCGGGGCUACAGAAUGCCUUGCCCUCAGGGCUGCCCAGAAUCUCUUCACGAGUUAAUGAAGCUAUGCUGGAAGAAGGACCCUGAUGAAAGACCAACCUUUGAAUACAUUCAAUCAUUUUUAGAAGACUACUUUACUGCAACAGAGCCACAGUACCAGCCUGGAGAUAAUCUAUAAGUGGAAAAACCAAGCAAGAAAAGUGAAAUGUACAAAUCUGCCAAAAGUAGAGACACUUUCUGAACACUAACUCUUGUUAAUGGGAAACGGAAAAAGAACAUUCAAUAUAUCCCUUGCAUGUCAGUGGCAAACUGGAAACCCAGAGAACCAUUGCACAAGACCACUUUUAAAGUAUUGUAAUCUAAUGGACUAUGUGAUAGUAUAAACCCUAGAAGAAUUAAUGGCUAUCCCACCGUUCUAAUCCCUGAGAAAAUGUUUCAGGAUUACAGACAAGUUUAACAGUGGGCCCAAACAUUUCAUUCCUGUAUAAUAUAUUGUUUGCAUUUAAUCCAAUCAUGGCACAGAACAAUGGAUUUACGCUCAUCAACAUAGAGCAGGUCCCACUGGCAGUUAAGUAUUUUGGGAUUAUUAAACUGCUAUGGGUCACUGAUUUGAUCAAGGUCUAUAAAAAAUCAAUGGUGGCAUACAAAUAUCAUUUCACUUAAUAUAACUAAAUCUUUUAUUUUUCUUUCUUGGUACAAGUAUGAGAUCCGUUAUCACAGAAAUAUUUAAUGCUGAAUGCUCAGAAAUCAGGCAGUGGCAUUUCCCAUAGUCUAUUUCAAGUCUGCCUUUUUUUUAAAAAAAAAUAAAUAUUUGUCUGAUGGUCGUUCCUCUGUAAUAAUAAGAAAAUGCUUUACAUUUUGCCAGUAUAAUUGGAACAAUGCCAUAGUAUUGGGCUUUUGAACAAUCCAGGUAGAUUUUAUGCAGUGACUGAAUUAGAAAAAAUCCAUGCAUUCCAGAUAAUAGAUCUCAUACCUGUAAGAAUCUUCAUACACUGCAAAAAUGGAUCUUUAUUAUGCAGAAGAAAUAAAACAAAUCAAUCUGUGGUCAUUAAAGACUCCAGUCAGUACAAUCAUGAUGCUAGGAUAUUGGUUGCCACCGCUAUAUGUACACUUGAAUGAUAGCCCUAAUAAUGCUUUUCUUUGGAAAUUAAAGAGAGCCUAUUAGGAGAGUCGUGGUUCUUCUUACAAUGUGAAUGCUUUGAAUAGAGACACUCUAAAGAUUUACUUAACUUGAUUUUGGGCAGUGGCACAUGCCCAUUGUGGUUAUUAGUAGCUGAAACCACUGCAAUUGCUAUUUGCCCCCAUGGAGAACAGAAAGCCCAAGCCUGGGGAGCAGACGAGCUUGCACUUUUAUGCAAUUCUGAUAGAGGCCAAUGGAAAGCAAUGUGCACCCGUACUUCUAUAAAUGUGAUGGGAAAAACAUCUGAAAGCUCCCUAUGUGCCAUUGCACUGGACAUACUGGUUGUCUUUGCCGGAACAUAUUGCAUAUAGACAACUAGGAGGUUAUUUAUUAAGCUCUGAAAUCCGAAAAUUUGUCGGACCUUAAAAAACAAAUCCAACUUUUUCAGGAUUUAUUAGUCCGAUGGUAUGAAAACUCAGAAUCCGAAAACCCGGCAUCUCAAAGCUCUCGGGGUCCUGUAUUAGUCAGUGGGAAAGGUCCCAGUGUCUGCGCUGCUGUCAGUACCGAUCCAAUGGUUUCAGGGAUUUUGGGCCGGAAACUCAUGGUUUUUGCGGAAAAGUACAAAAACUUCUGACUUUUCAGGCAAAGGUCCGAAGUUUGCCCGAACCUAUUUUUAUAAAUGAUAAAUAAGGUCCAUUCGGGAAUUCGUAGUUGUUCAGAUUUUUAUCUUAGAUUUACGGAGAUAAAUUCGGAGCUUGAUAAAUAACCCCCUUAAUGUUUCCAUCACAACCCGCAACUUGUAAUUGUUAUAGCAGUAUAAAACAACCACUGCAUUUGAUGCGUAUGGAAGUGCUACAAAGAAAUGAUGGUAUAUGGCAGGGAUCCCCAACCUUUAGAACCCGUGAGCAACAUUCAGAAGUAAAAGCAGUUGGGGAGCAACACUAGCAUGAAAAAUAUUCAUGGGGUGCCAAAUAAGGGCUGUGAUUUGCCUUUUAGUAGCCCCUAUGUGGAUUGUGAGACUACAUUGAGGCUCUGGUUUUUAUGCAACCAAAACUUGCCUGGAAUUCAAAAAUAAGCACCUGCUUUGAGGCCACUGAAAGCAACAUCCAAGGGGUUGGAGAGCAACAUGUUGCUUAUGAACUACUGGUUGGGGAUCACUGGUAUAUGGUAUACUACUUCCCUUUUUAAUUCAUUGUUUGGUUUUAUAGAAGUGUCCACAUGUUCAAUGUUUCCGGCAACAACAAAAAAAUAGCCAAAACUAAUUAGUUUUACAUCACUACUUUUCUUUCAACAGAUGAGUUGUUUUAAAGGGCUUUAUAUUAAAAAAAAAAGUAUGGAAGUGUAUCUUUUAUAAAUCUUUUCAAGCCAAUUUAAUGCUGUAAGUUUGUUUACUACACAGGAGGGCUGGAAACCAAGUGUGCAGCGGUUUUGCUGCCAAUCAUGAUGUUUCCAUUAUUAGUUCAAAACUAUGUAAUAACAUUUGUACAGUAAAGAAUUAAAACACUAAUGGCUGCAUUUCUUUUCAGUGAUUGUAUUAAAUGACGGAGGGGUCGUUAACACACAUUUAUGUUUAUGUAUGUACAAUAAAGGAACUUUUUUUUUUU